AUGGACGAUUCCCACAAGAUCUCAAUCACCGUCUGCGGCGACGGAGGUUGUGGAAAGUCUUCAAUCACACUGCGUCUGGUCCGCAGCCAAUGGACGCAUGAGUAUGUCGCAGCCCAUCCCCGUAUCCCUCGCAUAUCGCGCAGCCCCUCUCUAACCCGCUCACGCAGGUACGAUCCAACCAUCGAAGACUCCUAUUCCGUCACCCGCACCAUCGACGGCACCACAUACUCCCUCAACCUCACCGACACCGCCGGCCAAGAAGAGUACCGCGGCCUGUGGUCCUCCUCGAAUCUCAACUCCGAUGCCUUCCUCCUGGUCUACGACAUCACACAGCAGUCCUCCCUCCGAGCCCUGGAAUACUUCAAUCAAUUGAUCGAGAUGGAGAAGGACAACCGAUUAGAGCGCGGAAGCGUCCUGCCCGUCUGCAUCGUCGCGGGGAACAAAUGCGACCUGCAGGGCAUUCGCCAGGUCGGCGCAAGAGAAGGGCUGGACUGGGCGCGAAGUCGAGGGUACGGCUUCAUGGAGACCAGUGCGCGAGAGCUGGUCAACAUCGAGGAGACUUUUGCUCGUACGUCCACAUCUCCAUCCAUCAUUGCUACACCACUCGGGGGGGGCUAACAAGUGCUGCUGCAGUCCUCGUCAGGCGCGUGGUCGAAGCACGCAGGGCACACUCCACGGGUGUCACUCCUAAUCUGCCCGCCUCCACUGCUCGAACAAGGCCAUUGGACCCCCUGCCGGCGCCGAACGAGAAGCAACUCCCGCCCGAUCCCAAAUGGGACGACAACGAACAGAUCCCCAAGGAGAGGUGGUGGCACAAAUUGAAGUGCUGGUGA